AUGGUGUCAUACUCGAGCGCCGUCUCCAAUCCGGUCGCUGCCGCCGAUGCCCCUGAUGAGGCCCGUCAGGCUACCCACCAUGUAAAGCGCAGCGACGGAAAGACCAUCAGGUUCAAGAAUCCAUACCCGUCCGCAGGGGAACCGCCUUCGGCAUGGGAAAUCACUAGCACCAUGAUAUUGGGGCGAUUGACCGGCAGCGCACCGGCUCCAGAUCUGUCCAACGUCAAGAUCCCCGCCGUCAAGCCCGAGUUCCUGGCGAGCCGGACGGGCUCAACGGCGUUGCGCGCCACUUGGCUGGGACACGCCUGCUAUUUGGUCGAGUUCCCCAGCGGGCUGCGCGUGCUGUUCGACCCCGUGUUCGAGGGCCGCUGCGCGCCCGUGCAGUGGUUCGGCCCGAAGCGGCACACGCCACCGGCCUGCGCGCUGUCUGAGCUCCCGCCCGUGGACGCUGUGGUCAUCUCGCACUCGCACUACGACCACCUGUCGCUCACCAGCGUCCGGGAGCUCGCGGCGCGGAAUCCCGAGGCUCAGUUCUUCGUCGGGCUGGGGCUGGAGAAGUGGUUCCGGGAUAACUGCGGUACCACCAAGGUGACUGAGAUGGACUGGUGGCAAGACUCGGAACUGGUUUUGAGAAGGAAGGUAGAGGCCAAAACGGGGAAUGAUCAGGCCCCCGAAACCAUCUCGGCGCGCAUCACCUGCCUGCCAUCCCAGCAUUCGUCGGCGCGCAGCGCGAGUGACAAGGACCAGACGUUGUGGGCAUCCUUCGCGAUCUCGUCGGGCGGCAAGUCGGUCUGGUUCGGCGGCGACACGGGGUACCGCAGGGUCCCCAAACUUCCGGUGCACAUCGACGACUACGGGCCCGAGUACGACUCGCUACCCCGGUGUCCGCAGUUCAAGCAGAUUGGCGAGCUGCGCGGGCCGUUUGAUCUGGGACUGAUCCCGAUCGGGGCCUACAGCCCGCGCUUCCUGUUCAGCUGGAUGCACGCCAAUCCGUACGACGCCGUCGAGAUCUUCAAGGACACGCGCUGCAAGCGGGCCAUGGGCAUCCAUUGGGGCGCGUGGGUGCUGACCAACGAAGAGGUCGAGGAGCCGCCCAGGUUGCUGAAAGAUGCUUUGAAGAGGAGCGGGUUACCCGAGACGGGAGUUUUUGAUGUUUGUGCGAUUGGCGAGACGAGGGAGUUUUGA